AUGCUCUGCUAUGUUGUGGCCCACAUAGCAUAUGCUGAUGUACAAGCUGCGAGCCCUCUGUUCCUCUUCCCUACCACGGCCGUCAGACAUUGCCUUCCUUCCUGCGUGCUGUCGCAGGCUGACCCUCAUGUUCAAAUGGUGCAGGUGGAGUGCGUGGAGGAGAUGACGGAGCCAGGAGUUUCUGAAGCCCACAGCUUCAGAGAGUUUCAGUUUACAGAAGAAAUGAAUAUACAUCAGGCUGUAGACCUUGGGCCAGGGGGAUAUGAAACCUUUAACUCACAAUAUCCUGAGUGCUGUGUGGAUGGAAAACUCCUUUCCCCAGAGAGGACUGAGGCAGAGAGAAACCUCACCAGCCACUGUGAGAAGCAGAGUGCCAACCACAAACCCGCGUAUGACCAGGGCGGUCCAGUUGAAAUCCUGCCUUUUCUCUACCUUGGUAGUGCCUAUCAUGCUUCCAAGUGUGAAUUUCUUGCCAACCUGCACAUCACAGCCCUGCUCAAUGUCUCCAGGAAAAGCUCAGAGUCAUUCAAAGACCAGUAUUGCUACAAGUGGAUCCCUGUGGAGGACAGUCAUACAGCAGACAUCAGCUCACACUUCCAGGAAGCCAUUGACUUCAUCGAUUAUGUCAGGCGAACCGGGGGCAAGAUCCUGGUGCACUGUGAAGCAGGGAUUUCACGCUCUCCCACCAUCUGCAUGGCAUAUCUCAUGAAGACAAAGAAGCUCUGCCUGGAGGAAGCCUUUGAUUACAUCAAGCAGCGCCGGAGCCUGAUCUCACCAAACUUUGGUUUCAUGGGCCAGUUGCUACAAUAUGAGUCUGAGAUCUUGUCUUCCACUCCCAGUCCCCCUGUUGCCUCGUGCAAAAGAGAAGCUGCAUCUUUCUUUGCAGAAGAACUGACAUUAGGCAAAAACUUUGAAGGCUCAUGUUUCGCCUUUCCUACCUCAGUGUUGAGUUCUGUGCCCAUCCACUCUCCCGUCCACCAGCUGAAACUCAGCCCAAUGACAGCAUCUUCGUCCUGCUGAACAUCCUGGGGAGAUUGGAGCUGGUGUCUGAUCUGAACUGUGACCCCAACAAGAACAUUUCAUGAACGUGCAAUAGAGAAACCUCAUCGACUUAGUCUGAGAGGGAGUGGUUGUCGUGGGUCAUACUUGCUGUAUGCUGACUGUAAGACGCAAGUGCUCUAAGUGUGGCAGGUUUUCUGAACUUUUAUUGUCUUUUUUUAAAGAAAGAAAAAGUGCUUUUUUUAGGUUUUUAUCCUCAGAGUGUGCACCCACUACUGUAUUUCCAGAUUCUCUGGGAGCAACGAGAAAUCUGUUUAGUAUGUUCUCAGUUCCCACCUCCUUCCCUUCUUAUUUUUGAAAAGACCCUUAUUUAAAGUUUCAAGCAAUAAACAGCAGCAGCAGGGGAGAAAGCAAAAUGAAAAGCACCACCUUUGCAACCACAGAAGUGGUGGGAGUGAAUAUUCAUUCUGCUUUUUCUCUGGCUUUCCUCUUCCCCUUCUCCUAUGUCACGUUUCAGGGAGCAAAGCGCUGGGGUGGCGGGAGGAAGCUCUUUUUCCCAGGACACUUGCACAACCAGGUGAAAAUCCCUUCUUCUGUUCCAGCCUCUGAAGUGUCAGGUAUUGACCACAGUGUAACUGGAUACCAAACCAGACCAUGGAUCCAUUCAGGUGUGGCAUUUCCUGUACUUCUGCAUUUGCCUUUGUACUGGGUGUGCUUUUAACUAAGGCAGGGGAUUUAACUGAAGCUACUAGGCUACCCUGCUGAGCUAUUAUCCUCACAUCUGUUAUUUAAGAACAGCCCUAGAAUACUUGAAUGUCUCCACAAUCCUCAUCUGAGUUAUUUCCCAUCAGAUAACACUGUAACUGCUGGAUCUUACACCAAAAAAAACCUGACAAGUUUAGCUCCAAGCCAACUCUUUCUCCAUCCCUUCCCAAGCGUUCCCGAUGUGUAUCGUGUGUGUCAAGUGGUCUUGUUCAGUGUUAUGUGGCUUGCUUAGUGUGUGUGUGUGGUCACCCCUAGCCAGCCUUUGUCCAUGAAAAAUCAGUUUUUCUCUCUUGCUCGCAUUGGCUUCUGUGUCUGCAGGGAGUUUGGAAUGAGUGUCUCUCUUUGUCUGUUGACCUUUUUAUUUUUUUUUUAAUAUGUAAUGUGUAUGGGAAAUGGCAAUAAUUUCCAGGAGAUCUCGUGAAUGUGAAAGAAAAUCUGCAAUGGUUUUUAUGGAGUGUAAAAAAAAAAAAAAACAAAAAACAAACUAAUAAAGGAAA